GUUUUCUGACUCGCGAUGUCUUUCUAGAUUUUCGGGUUCCUUUUGGACUCAGUUGGUUGCAGAUUUUUCUCGCCUGCUCUUCAUGUGUUUUCUGUAUGUAGGUGACGGCGAACAAGAUCAAUAGUCACGUCUACCGAUUUCUACAAAACAAAGACGCAUAAAUGAGAAGAACCAAACAUCUUCUCCUCAGUAAAUAAAGAUCGUGCCACAGCCAUGGAUCCCCAACAACUCGGCAACCCUGGAGGUGGCUCCCAGCAGUCCGCCCGGAGUUCCCAGUACGCGCGGUUCGGUGCGGAUGUGUUGAGCCGGAUGGAGAAAGUGCCCAGCGAGCUGCUCGCAUUGACUUAUGGCUCACUGAUCACGCAACUGAUGGAGGAUCUGCACAGCGACACGCAACAAAUGAACGACGCCCUCGACCGGAUGGGAGAGCAGAUGGGAGCGAGGUUGGUGGACGAAUUUUUGGCAAAAACGCAAAACAUCGUGACGAGUUUUCCACUCUGCUGCCAGGACUUCCCGGACUUGUGCGAAAUAAUAGCGACGGUCGGGUUUAAAAUGUACCUCGGGGUGGCAGCUGAGGUAAGGCUAAGGGUAAAGAACUUUCAAUCAUCACAAAAACAAAUUUUCUUCCGACUACCGGCUUUCUUCAAGGGCCUCACAUUGCACUUUUCGUUCCACCCUCUAACUUCAGGUUGCUAACGUGUCCGAGAAGUCCUGCGACUUCAUUUUGCGAGAAAAUCCGUUAUCGGAGUUCGUGGAAAUACCCGCAGAGCUUCAGUCUGGCGGCCUCUGGUACAGCAACAUCCUGGCUGGCGCGGUGCGCGGCGCGCUCGCGGCGGUGGGUGUGAGGACGCGGGUGUACUUUGUGGAAGAUGUGACACGGGAUGACAACGACAUCACAAGAAUAGCCUGUGAACUGAUUGAAUACAUGGUAGAUGAGUUCGAUGAUUGAAAACAAAAAGAAAAUUUUUCUAGAAGAGACACGGCGCGUUUUGUGCUGCCUUUGUUCAAAUGUGAGCGCCGGAAGAUGCAUCUUCUAGCACCAUCUGUU